GCCCUCUAAUGGCUCAACCCCACCAAACGCCAAGUGGCACGGAGAAAGAGGGACUCUACCAUUUCCUUGCAGGCAAACCCAGUGGAGGAGCAGUGGAUCGGGAGGAUGUCGGAGCAGCAGAGCGCCCCGGAGCAGCUGGCUGCUGGGAAGAGCCAGGGUGGAGCUGGAGCCACGUAUAAGGUGGUGCUGUUUGAGUUCGAGAACUUCCAGGGCUGCAAGGCGGAGUUUUCUGCCGAGUGUAAAGACGUGACGGUGAAGGGACUGGAGAAGGUCGGAUCUGUGAUAGUGGAGUCGGGGCCCUGGGUGGGCUACGACCGGCACGGGUUCACGGGAGAACAGUUCAUUCUGGAGAAGGGCGAGUACCCACGCUGGGACACCUGGACCAACAGUCAGAUCAGCUACACUCUGCUGUCUCUAAGGCCACUGAAAGUGGACAGUGCGGAACACAAGCUACACCUGUAUGAGAAUCCUGGAUUUACCGGGAGGAAGAUGGAGAUAGUGGACGACGACGUCCCCAGUUUGUGGGGCCACGGUUUCCAGGAUCGCGUAGCAAGUGUCAAGGCUCUGAACGGAACGUGGGUCGGUUACAUGUACCCGGGCUACAGGGGGCGCCAGUUUAUUUUCGAGCGAGGGGAUUUCAAGCACUGGAACGACUGGGAGGCGCCCGCGCCGCAGAUCCAGUCGGUCCGACGUGUGCGGGACAUGCAGUGGCACAAGAGGGGCUGCUUCACCGCUCCCGACCCGGACCCGGCUCCCGGCCCUGAGCCCGACCCCGCCCCGGCACCUCCUGCCCCCCCCGCCGCAGCCGGCGCCAGCUGAGCGGGGCCCUCACCUGCCUCCCCUCCCCUCCCCUCCCCUCCCACUGCCUCCCCCGCGCUGCAGGCAGACCACGCUCCUGCCCCGCGCGGAGUGCCAUCUAUGUUUCAGUGGCGAAUAAAAGUCCUUUGACCCGGA